AUGGCAACUUCGACUGGGACCGGAUGGGCUCAGCUCCGGCAGCAAGCCCGUUCGCUUGAGACUCAGACCGAGAGUCUGUUUCACACCUACGCGCAGUAUGCAUCGAUGACGAAGCUGCCUCCGAAACCCUCAGAAGAAGAACAACGGAUUGAAUCGCAACUGAAGGAUCUUCUUGAAAAGCGUGAAGCCCUCAUCUCCCAGCUCUCCCGUCUCCUCGACUCCGAAGCCACUCUUACCGCAUCUGCCCUGAAACAGAGCAAUCUUGCCCGCAAUCGCGAAGUCCUCCAGGAUCAUCGCCGCGAACUGCAGCGCCUGAACGCCGCAAUUGCCGAGUCCCGCGACCGAGCCAAUCUUCUGUCUAACGUCCGCUCCGACAUUGAUGCCUACCGCAAUUCAAACCCCGCCGCGGCCGAGGCAGACUACAUGCUCGAGGAGCGGGGCCGUAUAGAUGAAAGCCAUAACAUGAUAGAUGGCGUCCUAAGCCAGGCGUAUGCGAUAAACGAGAGUUUUGGGCUACAACGUGAAACCCUGGCCAGCAUCAAUCGCCGUAUCGUCGGUGCUGCCAAUAAGGUACCGGGAAUGAAUGCAUUGAUCGGUAAGAUUGGUACGAAGAGGAGACGUGAUGCAAUCAUUUUGGGGGCUUUCAUCGGGUUUUGUUUCUUGAUGGUGUUUUUCUUCCGAUGA